UCGAUCUUGUUCGACUAGUUUUCCCUGCUCUCUGUCUCUGGAUCUUUUCGCACUCCUGCGUGUGAUCGGAUCUCUGCAGCGUCGUUGCCCGAGUGAACUCUUGAGGGGGGGUGUAGUCAGGCUUUGUCCUGGUCCAGAUGUUGGCUCUGUCUAGAUGCUCCCCAUCUGUGAGGAGGUCUGUCUCCAUGCACCUCUCUCUGGUCAGCGUUACCCUGAGCCGCCUCUCCUCCGCCACAGCCAGGCCCCAUAUUUUGAGAACCCACUCUGCUGCGUUUCACCAGAGUAGAGCCAAAUCCAGUCCCGAGCCAAACAAGCCCGCUCCAGUGUUUUCCUCUGGGCUGGAGGGGGAUCUUCUGGAGAUGGGGAUGUGGUCUCUGGGUCUGGGGGCUGUCGGAGCAGCCCUUGCCGGGAUCUUCCUGGCCAACACUGAUUUGUGUCUGCCUAAAGCUGCCAUGGCAUCGCUGGAGCAACUGGAAGAUGCUGACCUGCGCUCCACUGUAGAUGACGCCACAGUCAUCAAAGCAAAGAGCCUGUGGGAGAAGAACGGGGCCGUGGUCAUGGCCGUACGACGGCCUGGAUGAUUUUUGUGCAGAGAGGAGGCCUCUGAGCUGUCCUCUCUGAAGCCCCAGCUGGAAGAGCUCGGGGUCCCUCUGGUCGCCGUGGUGAAGGAGAACGUCGGCUCAGAGAUCCAGGACUUCAGACCGCACUUCGCUGGGGACAUCUACGUAGAUGAAAUGAAACUCUUCUACGGUCCGCUGCAGAGGAAGAUGGGGGGUGUGGGGUUCAUUCGCCUCGGCGUGUGGCAGAACUUCAUGCGGGCCUGGCGGUCCGGUUACCAGGGCAACAUGAACGGCGAGGGCUUCAUUCUGGGCGGAGUGUUUGUCAUUGGGCCGGGAGAACAGGGGAUUCUCCUGGAACACCGUGAGAAGGAGUUUGGAAACAAGGUGAAAGCUGCAGACGUUUUGGAGGCUGUCAAGAAAAUUGUGCCAGCGAAAUAAAUUCCUCAAAGAGCAGGCUGGAUUUAGAGCUAGAGGAAUGUUAACAUUUUAAGUUUGAAACGCGAGUCCACCCAUCAUAAGUAUAAUUUUUACAAUAACAUUAGGUAUGUUUGUGUUGCCUAAUAUCACAUUUAUUUAAUGUCGUUUACAAAAGCAGAGCUGUGAAAUACAGAGCCUGUAAUAAAAGAGUAUCUCUCUCUACCUCCGAAGACACCUAAGAAGUUAGUUUCUUAAAAACGGGUACAUUACAAACAGGUAGUGGGGGGGAUUUCAAGACAGCGUUUUCAUUCAUGUACAUCGUCCAUUACAUUAAAGUUCACUUGAAAUCUUCCAUCUAGACAUAAUUCAGUCUAUAUGAAUAAUUCUAUCUUUCACGUUUCCUGUUUUGUUUGCUUCUCCUGCUCAGGUGCAUAAAUGUUUCUCAAACAUGGUUGACAGGUGUGUGUCCGAUUGUGUGUGUAAUAAUGACAACCUGACUCUAAACUCAGCAUUGAGAGGAGCAGGUUCGAUGCCCAAACACACAAAUGUUCAGCGUCUGUCGCCAUGCGGAGGAGAGUUUGUGUCGCUGUUUGUGUCGGUGUCGCUGUUUUGUGUGUGUUAGACAGAGAGAUUGUGUAUUUCUUUACGCGUGUGUACUAGCAACGGAAGAUAAAACACAAUAAAGAACCUCAUCACCAUAUCUUCACUGUGCUCGUUUUUAUGUGCAAAACGAGGUUGUAUUCUGAAAACAGAUUUUCAAGUUUAUAAAUCUGACCCAUACUCAAGUUCUGAAUUGACUACAUCUACAGAGAAGAGACUGCCACCCACUGAGGCUGAAAACUGACGGGGAAGUUCUACUUUACUGUUCAAAGCUGGAUGAGUCCAAACAUGUACAACCCGUGUUUGUUUAUCGUCACAUCUAAAAACAAAAUAUCAGAUUUAAAUCCUAUUUUAUUUUUUCGCUGGAGGCAACAGCAGUUUUAUCUGAUCGCCCUGUUUCACUAUGGCACCAACUAGACAAAAGAUUGUUCCUAUAUUAACAUUAACUUCUUUUCCUUGAGAGUUUAGGGCAAUAUUAUAAUAAAAUAUCUAGUACAUACAAUAUUCACUAGUAUCUCAUUAAGACGAGAGUUCAGACAUGAAGGUUACACUUUUUAUUCAGUUCUAAGUAAAAUACAAGUCACAUCAAAACAAUACAAAAAAAAGGGAGGAAACACUGAUCCAAUAUUGAUGAGACGUAUAAACAUGAAAUUACAAGAAACAUUCAUGAGUGUCACAGAUUGUCUUUACAUUGGCUUUCAGUGAGCAAGGAUUACAUUUAUUUUUCAUGACGUGCACAACCAAAAUAAAAAAUGUAUAAUAGUCUGAUUUAUUGUGAU